ACCUUCUUUCCCAUCUCCACUUCUCUUUAUAUCUCUCCCAUUUCCCCCACUCUUUUCUCUCACUUCCUCCCAACUCCGACCACCGCUCGCCGCCGUAUAUUCUUCCAAACCAUGGGUGACCGUUCGCCGCCUCGCCAGCUCCAAGUCCACCCCCAACAACGCUCCUAUCUCCAAGAUCCCACUUGGAAACUAUCUGGGGGCCGCCACGUCGAACACCAACAUCAAACCGGCGGCCCCUCCGCCUCGAAAAUCAUUGCCGUCGUCACCCUCGUCCCCGUCGGCGGCACCCUGCUUGGCCUCUCCGGCCUCACACUAGCUGCUACGCUCUUCGGUCUGGCCGUGUCGACGCCCGUGUUCCUGCUCUUCAGCCCGGUGAUCGUGCCAGCUGCAGUGGCGAUACUCCUGGCAAUUACGGCAUUCUUGACAUCGGGAGUGUUCGGGCUCACGGCAUUGUCGUCGCUGUCGUGGGUGUACCGGUACAUCAGGCGGGCGACAGGGACGGUGCCGGAGCAGAUGGACAUGGCGAAGAGAAGGAUGCAGGAUAUGGCGGGGUAUGUGGGACAGAAAACUAAAGAAGUUGGACAAGAAAUUCAGAGUAGAGCACAAGAAGGAAGGAGAUCAACAACAACAGAACAACGAACCUAAAGUAAUUACACCAUGUCUUAAUGUGUUUAUUUCUUUUAUCCUCUGUUUUGUGUGUUUCUUCUCUGCUUCAUGUUAAAUAAAAAAUGGUUUAAUGUUGGAUGUAAAUUUUGUUUUGGGUUUAAGAUCAAUGUUUAUGGGUCGUGUAUUUUAUAUAUGAAUGUGUGUUUGUUUUCAUUAAUUGUUGUAUUUAUGUUUGUAUAGUGUAGUUUUGAACAAGAAUUGGCGAUUGAAACUGAGUCAAUUGAAUCUC